CAUGACUUGGAGGUACUCAUUCACGAAUCCCAAAGCGUACCAGAUGCUGCCACCAUGAGGAUGAUGAUACCAAGUGAUUCAGAGACCCACCUAAUGGUGCGAGCCUUUUCCACGCGGUUCACAGCGAAUCUAGCGGGCCUUCCCAUUGAGGACCGACGCUGCUUCCUGCCCGAUGAGCAUCGUCUGUGGUUCUACUCCGCCUACAGUCUAAGCAACUGCCUUUCCGAGUGUCGCAGCAAAAAAAUCUUUCAGUCUUGCGGCUGUGUUCCGCCCCAUGCUCCUGGUGAAAGCACAUGGCCCAUUUGUGGCCUCCAGCAGGUGGAAUGUGUGCGGAAGUAUGAUGAAAUUAGUGAGCAGAUCACGGCAGUGGAGAGGGACUGCAAUUGCCUGCCGCCGUGCACAUUCCAUCGCUAUGAAUUCGAGAGUGAUGUGAGUCUCAUAAAGGGAUCCAAUUCCACGAACGAGGUCCGCUUGAAUGUCUACUACGACCUUGCAUUUACCGAGGAGCUGCUUUUGGAAGUGUACGAGACCUGGCUGUCAUUCAUAGGCAAGUGUCCAAGGGCAUAUUCUAUUAACGAAACUACCAACAAGACAAGCGCCCCCCGUAUUAAAGUGUCAUUCAUCUAUCCAUAA